AUGACGUCAUAUGAUCCAAAGAGUUUCCGUGCGUUCUUUGAACCGACAAAACCGGUGCAACUGCGCCUCUAUGCAACUUCAAAACGUCAUCGUCCACAAAUAACAUCAAUCACUCUGCUCGAAUACAAAAAUGGUCAUGUAACGACUGAAGAACAAAUUUCUCAUAGUCCUCUUUCGUUCUCGGUCAAUAAAUCUGGCAAAUUUCGACUCUUUCAUUAUAAAUCACUUUGGCAUAUGUAUAUUCAAGUAUCAACGGAUUCUUUCAAAAAUAAAAAUCUUCAGCGUUACGUUUCUCCGUUAGGGUUCGAAGUUGAAGUUGACAUGAAUGUGUCGGAUGGAAAGUGUCGGCUCACCACUAGCAAGGAUAUAAACGAUCAAGUUACCUUAACACCACCUCCCAUUGCAAGGUCAACUUCUUCAUUUCCAUUUAGAGAUCAUCAAUUCAUCGAAUGGUGCGUUAGAAAACCUCCAAAGUGGCGAAGAAUAUUAGAUCAUACAAAUGAUACUGUUAGAAGUUGGUGUCGAAGAGGAUUCGUGUGA